GAUCAAAAGAAUUCAUCUCAAAGCAACCAGAGCGAAUUCUCCGACUAGAUGACGCCGGAAAACUCUACCGUGAACUCGGAUUCCCACGCGGUCGUAAGGUUACUCGAUUCAUACCAAAACAUCCUCUGAUUUUUCAAACGUAUCGACAUAACGAUGGGAAGAUUUGGUUAGGGUUUUCGGAGUUUAUGGAGGAUUUGUUAGAUGAAGAGAAAUGUUUAAUGGAAUUAAUGGAGUUAGAUAGAGUUAAUCGAGUUCGUAAGUUGUUGAUGAUGACGAAAGAUAAACGAAUUUUGUUGAGUAAAAUCCAUCACACUCGAUUGCUAUUCGGUAUUCCUGAAGAUUUUCGAGACCGUGUUGCGAAGUAUCCGGAUUAUUUCCUGGUUGUUACGGGUGGAGAUGGGAAUCGAGUGCUUGAGUUGGUGAAUUGGGAUACGAAUCUUGCGGUUAGUGAGCUCGAGAGACAGUUUAUGGUUGACGAAGAUAAAGCGAAAAGAGCGUUUAAGUUUCCGGUGAAACAUGGGAAGGAGUUGGAGUUGGAAGAGAAAGAUAAGAGGAAGCUGAAUCAGUUGAAUACGUUUCCUUUGGUUUCGCCGUAUUCGGAUGGUUGGAAGUUUGAUGUGUGGACUUUAGAAGCGGAGAAGUAUCGUGUUGGGAUUGUGCACGAGUUCUUGAACUUGACGUUAGAGAAAAGAGCUUCGAUUCAUCAUAUUGUGGAGUUUAAAGAUGAGUUUAGUUUGACUAGACAGACUUAUCUGAUGUUGAAGAAGCAGCCUACUACUUUUUACUUGGCUGGUACUGAGAUGAAUUGGACUGUGUUUUUGAAGGAUGGUUACGACGAGAAUGGUGUUUUGAUUAGUAAAGAUCCACAGGUUGUGUUUAAUGAAAAGCUGUAUAAGUAUGCAGAUAUGCAGCAGAUGGAAGUUAAUUAAUUCUGGCCAAAACAAUUGAGCAGAGAGACAUUGAUGGGAUAAUCUUGAAGGACAGUACUGCUGUUUCUGUCGUAUCAUUGGAUCAUAUCUCGAUAGUGUUGGAUCUUGAAGUACAGCAAGAGUGCGGCAGUGCGCUAUUUCUGUUGUAUCAUUAUCGGAUCGAUUGUAGAUGGUCUUGGUUCAAUCUGUUCGAAAGAUAGCUCAGUUAGUUGUAGUAUCAGUUCUGAUCUAGUAUUGACAGAAAAUGAAUUGGGCUACAAUGU